ACGACGUCCAGAAGUUCCAACGGCGUGAAAGUUGCCGGAUAAUUUCCGCCAUUGGAAGAGCUUACACGGCUGUUGAAAACGAAUCCCAGAUGCAGGCUGCGGUUUCUUCCUUCUCCAGCCACUCUCCUUACUAUCAAACCCUAAGGCUAAGAGGCCGCCGCCUUCUAUACGAAUCCCUUUUAUCCCCUUCUUCUAAGAGACCGAUGGUCACAGGAACCAGCACUAGCCGCGGAGAAUUCACGACGAUAAAAGAAAGAAUCACAUUCGAACGGGAAAUCAAGAAGAGUAAGUUCAUCGCCAUUUCCGGUCCCAUCUUCGACGAACGCUCGGCACAGUCAUUCAUCAGUGAGGUUCAAGAUCCUCGAGCUACCCAUAAUUGUUGGGCGUACAAGGUUGGAGAUCAAUUUAGGAGUAAUGACGAUGGUGAGCCGUCUGGUACUGCUGGUAAACCUAUACUUUCUGCCAUUGUUUCUUCUGGAUUAGAUAGAGUCAUGGUUGUUGUGACCAGGUAUUUUGGAGGUAUAAAACUAGGAACUGGAGGUUUAGUUCGAGCAUAUGGUGGAGUUACAUCAGAAUGUCUCAGAAAUGCACCAACUUGUCUUGUGAAGUCUAAAGUUCGGAUGGGUAUGGAAGUUUCAUUUGAUCUUUUGGGAGUUGUAUAUCAUCAGUUACAGAGCUUUAAAGCUGAAGAGAUAACUCAGGAUUAUGAAACUGGAAAGGAAAAUGUAACUAUGGUUACUUUCAAAGUGGAUUUUGAUAAAAUUGAGAGCUUGGAAGAUGCCAUUAAAGAAAAUUGCAGUCGCCAGAUCAUUUUCUACAAGCGGUGAUGAUAGAUAAAUGGGACAAUGUUCUUGUUUAUUUUUUUGGCAAGUUUUAAAAAGUGUUAUUAUUUAGCUAAAGAUGAUGAGAUCAAUGGGAGAAAGAAUAUUUACAACAUAGAAUGAAUGGAAAUUGUACUUUGUUUGAAAUAUGCUUUUGUCUUUAUUAUUCUGAUGCUUUGCUUUCUAUUCAAACUUA